AUGUCCUCGUGUGGCGCCCUGGGCAACCCAAAAUCCCAGCCGUGACGGGAGCCCGCCUUUUCCCUCUCCCACCGCCACCUAUGUGACUUUGCUCUUUUGUGUUCCAGAAACACCAAAAACCACCACUUCUGUUCCACCACCGGUGCCUACAGGUAAGGGCGCUGAGCCUGCCGAAGGAGCUCUGCUUCUCUCCUUCCCCCGUUCCCACGUGUGGUCGCCCCCCUUUCACUUGCUUUCUUUCUCCUUUGCAGUCACCACACCUUCGACAACCAGACCGCCAAGCAGCACGCCGAAAACCACGCCAACCACCUCUCCCUCCACCACAUCCAGAACCACUGCAUCAACUCAGACGGCAACCACCAACACGCCAAAGACCACUGCAACAGCCUCCACACCAUCCACCUCUACGCAUCACCCCAAAAUCCUAACCACCACAACCCCCUCCACCACCACAGAAUCCACUGCGACUAGCACACCAACCCCGACAACCACAACAGCACCCGUGCCACACCGUCUCCUCCGACGCCGUCCACCACAACCACCACCACCUCGCCCACAACCGUUACCUCCACUUCCACCAGCACUCCAGUACCCACUGCCACAACUCUCACGACUGCUCCCCCUACCAGCACAGAAACGCCCAGCACUCCGGCCACCACAACUCCUGCAACCACCACCGUCCCAGUUACCACGGGUAAGUCUCCUUGGUCGCUCUGCAGCAGCAGCAGCUUACAAGUCUUUCAGGAGCCCUCUCUUGCCAAAGGGGCAGAGGGAUUGCCACCUCCAGGUCCCACGUAAGCCAGCCCUCCAAAAAGGGCGAGACUCGUCUGGCUCAGUCAUCCGGGAACCUGUUCCUCAUGUCCUCGUGUGGCGCCCUGGGCAACCCAAAAUCCCAGCCGUGACGGGAGCCCGCCUUUUCCCUCUCCCACCGCCACCUAUGUGACUUUGCUCUUUUGUGUUCCAGAAACACCAAAAACCACCACUUCUGUUCCACCACCGGUGCCUACAGGUAAGGGCGCUGAGCCUGCCGGAAGGAGCUCUGCUUCUCUCCUUCUCUCCUUCCCCCGUUCCCACGUGUGGUCGCCCCCCUUUCACUUGCUUUCUUUCUCCUUUGCAGUCACCACACCUUCGACAACCAGACCGCCAAGCAGCACGCCGAAAACCACGCCAACCACCUCUCCCUCCACCACAUCCAGAACCACUGCAUCAACUCAGACGGCAACCACCAACACGCCAAAGACCACUGCAACAGCCUCCACACCAUCCACCUCUACGCAUCACCCCAAAAUCCUAACCACCACAACCCCUCCACCACCACCUAA